AUGUCUGCAACUGAGUCACAGCUUUCACCAGAGUAACUGUAUGAAUAGAUUGAGAAGGAGUACGAUUUACCUAUCUAAGACAAAUCACUGAACAGCCUUGUGGUUAUGCAAUAUAAUUUUAGAGACCUCAAGAAAACUAUUGAUUUCUUGCUUAAUAACCAGAAAAAAUAAGCUUUUAUGAUUCAAUAACUGAUAAGAAAUAAUAAUAAUGGAGAUAAGGGGCAAAUCCAGAUUAUUGAAAGGAUAAUUGAAAAGGUACAGCCCCCUCCUGAGAUUCAAAAACAGAAAUCAAUUGAGGAGCAGAAGAUUCCUAUCAGACCCAGAAUUGAUAGUGAUGAAUUUGCACUUAGAGCUGGAUCUCAGCACCAGAAUCCUCAAGGAAUGACUGAAGAUGAGAAAAACCAAUUAGCUGCGAGCUAAAAGUCAAUAGAUGAUCUCAAAAAAGAGUUAGAGGAUUUAAAGAAUAAAAUUGAAGCUCUCAUUGGAAAGACUGAUACUCACGAGUCCAAAAUAUUCGAUAAUUCAACUGAGAUAGAAAAUUUGAAACUCCAAAUGGAACUAAAAGCUCUAAAAAAAUGGUUAAUAAAUGGGGAGGGUCAGCCUUAAACUAUCAAUCAAUAGGAUAAAUAAUUGUCAAGAAAGGAUUCAAACCAUACUAAUGAUGGGGUCUAAGCAAAUAAAGCUAAUACUGAUGAGCACAUCCCAGUGUAUACUGCUUCCACUAUAGAAGUUCCAAGUAAUAAUUACCAAGCUCAGAUUGAUGAAUUAAAGAAGUCCAUUAGAGAUCUUUCUGUGAUCAGUCAAAGGCCAACUAUGACUUAAAGAGCCUCAACAUUAGAUGCCAAUAAUAAUGGCGGCAACAUCAGUGGAGAUGAGUUAAAGGAUAUCAAAGAUAGGCUUAAGCUUAACGAAAUCAAAAUCGAUGAUCAUGACUCUAAGAUUUAACUUAUUUUGAGAUCUAGAAAAGCUGGAGGCAAUAAUUCAAAGUAAGCAAACAAUAACGAGGACACUUCUACUGGAAUUGAUAUUGCGGAAAUAAUUGCACUCUUAGAUUAGGUUAAGGCAGAUCUGAGAAAAGAGUUGGCUCAACAAACUGAUCAUGAAGCGGUUGAGUAAAGAGUGACCAAAUUGGAGUUAGAUGUUAAUUAGCUUUUUACUGAGCUUGAUAAUACCAAGUUGUAGAUCUAACUUAACACUGAAUAGAUAAACGGCCACUCUAACAGACUCAGUGCUGAGUCUGAUUUAAUAACUGAACUCCAAAAUAAUCUUAGAAAAGUCAGCGAUGCAGUCAAGUAGAAAGUAGAUGGAGAUGAAAUUGAUAGCAUGAACACUCUACUUAAUGAGCUGAGUGAAAGAGUUUAGGAAUUGGAGAAGGGAGGUUCUCAUAUUGAAACUAGUAGUAAUUUAAUGGCAUCAACCCAUGAACCAAGAAAAGUUUCGCAAGUUAACAGAAGAGUUUCUAAUCCGUAGGUGAAUCCAAAAGACUCCAAACAACUUAAAGAGCUAGUUGAUCAAGGCCAACUUCUCAAAGAGAGAAUAGACAAAAUUACUAACGAGGUGGCAACAAUCAGUGACUUACGUGAAAAGAUAAAAGACAUUUAUUUAUAACUUGAAAAGAAAGUAAGCAUUGGAGAAUUCACAAAAAUUCAAACUAUCGUUGAUGAGUGUAAUUUAUCUAUGAUGAAAUCAAAGACUGAAAAUGAAUUUAUAAGAUAAUCAGUGUCCCAGACGAAGUAUGAUAUUCAAGACUUGCAAGACCUUCUGAGAAGUGAGGUCUAAAAGCUUGGAAUAAAAAUUGAGGAAUUUAAUGAAAAGUUGGAAGAAUUAUACAAGGCUCAUAAUGAGAAAAAAGCAAUUCUUAAUAUCCCUGUUAAUUUAGAUGGGCUCAGUAAAGGUGGCAAGAACGGCGGAGGCAAAGGAUUUGAUGCGGGAUUGAUCGUUGAUGCUCUUGAAAAAAUGAGAGAUUAUAUUUCUUCUGAAAAUAAAAAAAUGAGAGAAGAUUUCUUCAAGCUGCAUAUUGAAAUCGAAGGAAAAAUGAAGGAUAAGCUUGACAAAACAGAUGUUGAAUUACUUGAGAAGAGAUUAUAUGAACAGAUGGAUAUGAUGAUCAACGAGAAAACUAAGAGAUUUGUUGAUAAAGUUGAUUUAAAGAAAAUCAAGGUUUAACUUGACAAGUAGAUUGAGAAUCUAUUCGCAUUAAUUCAGGCGAGAUUAUCUGCUUAAGCAGAUGGAGACUAGGCUAUGCUAGCCAAGAAGCCAUUAGGUGGCUGGUCAUGCGCUUCUUGUGAGAAAAAUUUAAUAAAUUUGGCAGGCCAGACUAAUGAUAAUUUGGCAUGGAACAGACUUCCAUUUAGAGAUCCUAAUGAAAGAAUGGCUAAAGUAGGGUAAGGAUUCUCAAAGAUGCUCUAAAUGAUGAAACCUCUCGACGUCGGUUAAUCUAGAAUGGCCAUGGAUGAUACUCAUAUCAGCAACAUCACAGGACACAAUUUCGGUUAAAACGCCUCUUCAAUGCCUGAUCUUAAGGUAGGCACCUCUCAUAUUGAAAGAAACCAGAAUCUUUCACCUGCUCAACCAAAUUAACUUUCAGUCAAAAAGAUGGCUACUACUUAGAUUAGUUUCUAAAAUGAUUCAGUUGAAGGAGAUGCAUAACAAUCGCUUAAUAACACCUAUCAGCAGCACAACAGGUCCACAACACAACUUCCAAAAAUUGGGCAAAAGCAUUAGAAACCUAAACGAUGA